AAGUUGAGUGUCAGUGUUGUGUUAAGUUAAGAAAUAUUGUUUUUCAGAUUUUUUCCUUUAAAUAAAAUAAUAUUGCACGAAAUAAUCAACUUUGUUUCCCAACAAAUAAAUACAACCAAACUGUUAUUUGCACAAUAAAAAGAGAAUCAAAUAACAAUUUUUGAUUUGCUUGAAAUCAAAAAUAUGACUUCACGCAAGAGAAGUGGUUCGGGGUCUUCAAAACGCCCGAAAGAAAAAGUUGUUUACAUUUAUGAACUGUUUUUCCGUGGCGAAGAUCCCACUGGAGAUAGUUCGGAAUUCUGGAAUGAAUUUUUCUUACUCCAACCAAAUGUUGAAUCACUAGAAAAUGAAAUAACUAAACUCACUGGAGAACAGCUACUUACAGUCAAAACGAAUAUUAAUUUAAUAUUUGAAAAAUGCAUUGAGAUUCUGGAAUCAGGUCACCCCAAACGAAUGUGCAAUAGUCUCCAAACUCUCUGCUCUUUGUUCUACUCGGUUUUUAAGAAAUCUUCCAUUGACACUAGCUUUGACGUUGUUGGCCAGAUAUUCCAGUACGAUGAAAUGUAUCAAAAAAUGAAGAUACUGCUUAAUCAUUGUAAUCAAAUUUUGAUAGGUGAUGUUGUCGAAAAUGCCCGUUUCAUGUGUCUUAAACUACUUUUAGUUCUCGUUACUGGAACAGAUAAUGUAAGUCAGAAUGUUACUGUAGAAUAUUUGAUGCUCCACACGCUUUUCGAUUCCUUUGUAAGACUGUUAAGUGAUCCAACACUUCGUGCCCAACACGGGCAUGACAUCGUUAUCCUACUGACUGUUCUAGUUAAUUAUCGCAAACACGAGGCAACAAAUCCUUACAUCGUGCAGCUAUCAAUUCUGGCAGAUGAAUUAGCCUUAAAUGGAUACGGACAGAUGAUAUCACAAUCUUUGAUAGAUUUCUGUCGUCAGUAUAUGCAGAGUCUUUCUAAUGUGCAAUCCUCGUCGUGGUUCUCUUCACUAUCAAAUAUUGUUGGCAACAUGUUUGUAUCGGAUGAGGGAUGUGAACGCGUUCAACAAAUCAAAGCUAACAAUGGACUUCUGCUCGCUCUAUACGAAGCUGUUCAUUUGAACAGAAACUUCAUUACUACUUUGGCCCAUACGCAAGCAGAAUCAAGUGCUCCUCCAUCACCAAGCAACACAUUGAGCCUAACUCAACCAGUUCCUGAUUUGGCAAAUGCCCCCAUUAUCGACAUUACUCAAUAUCCAACAAAUUUAUUGGUAGCAGUUUUUCAAUAUUGUUCCAUAGUAAUGCAAGAUAACAAAAACGAGUCCAGCGUGGCUAAUCUGAAGUUAUGUUUCCUUAUUCUUACCUGCAUAUCUGAAGAUCAAUACGCGAACUCUAUGAUGCAUGACAACAAUCUUACAUUCAAAGUAAUGUUACAUCGUGCUCAAAUGAGGCAUCGUAAGCUUCAUGUGGAUCGGGUGGGUAAAUCUCAACCUCUUGCUGCUACUCUUCUUGAUCUGCUGGUUGAGUUCAUUGUGUCGCAUUUAAUGAAAAAAUUCCCAAUGGAAUUAUAUCUACUCUGCAUUGGAAUCAUUCAACGCAUAUUGUGCUAUCAAAAGCGUUGCAGAGUUCGUCUGAACUAUCCAUGGAAAGAACUCUGGUCAGCACUGAUUGGGUUGCUGCGGUUUUUAGUCAAUCAAGAACAGAACUUGAUAAAAAAAUGCAACAUCUUUUAUUUAUCAUUGCAGGUGGUGAAUAUAUUUAACUUGUUCAUUACAUAUGGCGAUACUUUUCUAGCGACUACAAACAGCUAUGAUGAGCUGUAUUAUGAACUCAAUAGAGAAGAAAAAGUUUUCUCAGAAAUUCAGUCUAUGGUACUGCGUUACACUACAAUGCCUGACUGCGAAUAUAAAGACGACGUAAUAAAACUCCUUAAUGCCUUAGUUAAUAUUUUAGCAAUUGUUAAACAUUUUCAAUAUAAAAUCAAGGAAUGGCUUGCUGAACAAGGCCUCUCAACACCAACCGAAGAGCAGAUUUUGGAUGUAGUUAGAAAGAAUUAUGAUUUAACUUUAAAAUUGCAAGACUCCCUAGAUCAUUAUGAACGAUAUGCGGAGGCUCCUAGGCACUCUGCCUUUUUCACAGCGAUGGUUCGUGAUGUAGUGAUUGAUACGAGGAAGAGCAUUUAUGGGUAUGUUAAGGAAGCUGUGUCAGUGGUACCUGAACAGGAUUUAAUGAUAACAUCAACCUCAUCUUAGACAACGAUUAAUGGAAUUUAAGUUUAAUUAUAUUCCUUUUUUUCUGUGCGAAACCUACACAUCAAUAUUUUACUACAUUAUUUAACUUGCUAUGGUUUUUUCGUCCUUGAAAUAAAUUUAGUUAUAGAAAAAUUUUGAAACUGUCAAAAGAUUUAUUAUACUAUUAUAAAUAUAUUGUGUACCGAAAAUUAUUAUUAUGACCUUAAGACAUAAAUAUAAAACAUAUUUUUAUUAAUGGUAAAA